AUGGACAGAGGUGCACGAAAUGAAAUCGUUUCGGAUGUUUUUGGUAUUCUGAAGAGCAGCAAAUCUAGUCAGAGUGAGGGAGAUGAAAGGAAGAAGGACAUAUUUUGCGAACCCGACAUAUCCUAUGAAAAGCCCUCAUACUCGUAUGCCACUUUAAUAACCCAGGCAAUAAUAGAUAGCGCAGAGAAGAAACUAACACUCCGGGCCAUAUAUGCAUGGAUUAUGGGGAAGUACCCGUAUUUUCGGAGGCAGCGAGGGGGGUGGCAGAACUCCAUCCGGCACAACCUUUCCCUCAACAAGUGCUUCUACAAAAUACCAAGAACAAACAACGAUCCGGGGAAGGGCUCCUACUGGACAGUUGACUCUGAGUAUCUGAACGUCUUCAAUCCACACGCCAAGCCUAAAAAGGAGUGUAGAGAAAGAGGAGAGAAAGACUGUAGAAAGUAUCUGGAUGCGGACAAGUCUUCCUUCUCUGAGAUACUUACAAAUGAAAGAAACUUCUUUGACUCAAUUGGUGUCUCUGACAAGCACAUUUUUACAAAGUCAUACGACUCAUUGAUUUUUGAUGGAAACUUGCGAGAUUUGGAUGGGGAUAGCUUUGAAAAGCUGCUCUCCAGAUCUGAAGGUUCGUUCUCAGGCAGCACCUCUGACUACUUUAAAUUUUCAAGGUAA